UUUUAUUUUUUGUAUAUAUUUUUAGGUAAAAAAAAAUGAGUCAGAAGAAGAAAAAGAAAAGCACAAAAGUAUGUAAUAUUCGUUGCGAAUGGGAGAACUGCAGAAGUUCAAUGACUAUUUUAACCACAGAAUAUGAAGUGUUUUCAGACCAUUUGAAAGUUCAUGCAGAUGAUUUUGUGUCGAGACUUAAAAAUGAAACAGAAAACACUGAUACUUCUGAAGAGAAACCUAUUUAUUGUUGCUGUAUGUGGAAAGAAUGCUCAUGGGAAGGUUGUGAAGACCUCACUGAUUUGGUACGGCACAUAAUGGCGCAUGGUUACCACACACUAUUAAAGACACUUGGAGAUAUAGUCAUCACAAAACUGAAUCUGAGUCCAUGCACAAUCGAUGUGGAUGAUCAAUACCAUAUGUUAAGUUGUAUGACAGGACCUUUUGUUUGUCGUUGGAAUGAAUGUAAUACAGAAUAUCUUUGUCCAAAUAAAUACUAUCGCCAUGUUGAGAAACAUGUUGCAGAGGCGCCAUCUACGUAUGAUGAGAAGCAUAUUCUUAAAAGACAGUGUUGUUGGGAAAAUUGCACGACUCUAUUUCGAGACAAACACAAGCUAAAAGAACACAUUCGUGUCCAUACACAUGAGAAACUUCUUGCUUGUCCAGGCUGUGGAGGAUUAUUUUCAAAUCGAACAAAAUUGCUUGAUCACCUUUCACGUCAAAAUGUUGAAGCCUAUGAAAACUUCCAAUGCUCGCAUUGUUUAAGGAGAUGUGCAUCAGAGAGACUACUUCGCGAUCAUAUGAGACACCAUGUGAAUUAUUUAAAAUGUCCUCACUGUGACAUGACAUGUCCAAAUCCAGGCUCAUUAAAGUACCAUAUACACUACAGACAUUCAGACGAUCGUCCAUUCUCUUGUGCAAUGUGUGAGCACAGCUUUAAAUCAAACUCAGAUCUGAUUCGGCAUGAAGAAAGCCACCUAGAGAAAUGUUACGUUUGUCAUGUGGAGGGGUGCAGUUACUCAACGAAAACAUCUCAUUGCAUGAAAAGACAUAUGAAAGUCACUCAUUCAGAAAACAGUAAUAGCCGCUAUGUUUGUCACAUCUGCAACCAAACGUAUUCAAGAGGUUUUGGUUUGACCAAACACUUAAAGAAAAAACAUAAUUUUAGUUGGCCAUCCGGUCAUCCACGAUUCAGGUAUAUAGAAUAUGAAGAUGGUCUUUUUCGUUUACAAAUGGUUCGUUUCGAGAGUGCGGAACUCACUGAGAGAUUAAGUGAGAAAAAUAAUGAAAGCAACCAAAUAGAGAGCUUUGAAGAUACGACGGUGGAGGUUCAGGAGGAGAGUGAAGAGCUAGAUAAGGAGGAGGAGUGUCACUAUAAAGGUGAAGAAGAAAAUCCUGAAGAUGAAUAUAAUGAAACACAGGAUAUAAAUGGUGAGGAAAUUGAUUACAUGUCAACAACCGCGGAUAUGGAAUGUGAAACCAUCCAUUUAACAGAUAGCACAGAAGUAGUAGUAUCAUCUACUGGUGAAAUAUAUUUGCAACCAAAGCCACCAGAUUAUGAUGCUUCUGUCAUGACACAGCUUAUUGCAAUGUCGUCAAAAACUAAUCUAAAUCACAGCUCGUUGACAGGUUCUGCUCUCGUAUCUGAUUUAUACAAAAGGUUAAAACAAUCCUCCAAAGCAACACAGUUCAAUUCCAGAGAACUUUGUAAUAUUCCAGGAGUUCAGAACGACGUUCAAGAGGAAGUUACCAUAGACCACGUGUCCCUUGUAGAAGAAGACUCGCAACGUCUUGACGCUCUAUGCGAUCACAUCGAUAUAAAAUACGAACAAGCUGGCUUUGAUUCUCCCUUGAAGGGCUCAGCUGGAAAAAGACAACUGCCCGAAGAUCUUUCUGUUGAUAACGCUAUAAAUAAAAAAAUAAAAACUGAGAAUAUUGUUGGACAGACGGAUACUGAAUCAUGUAAAAAUGUUAAUAUAAAACGGGAGGAAGUUUUGAACGAAACUGAACCAAGCUCCCGUUGUGUUGAACUUGAGCCGGAUAUUGAAAGAGACCAGAAGUGGGAUGCAUCACAAGUUUUACUCUCUUUUACGCAUCAAGUCAGUAAAAAGGACUGAAUGCCUUUUCUUUGAACUUUAUUUUGUUUGUUUAAAAAAUGUAAUAAUAAAAGUUUUAAAUAACCUGCAGUUUCCAGACUUGUUAAACUUUUUUUUUCUUGUGUUCUGCUUUCUUAAUAUUUUAAAGUAUGUACGUUGUUGACCAAGAAAAGAUAUUUAACUAUUUUUAUAU